AUGAGGCUCGACCUGCACAGCUCCUUGAUCCUCACGGCCUACAUCAUCAUCUUCCUCACUGGGCUCCCGGCCAACCUCCUGGCUCUGCGGGCCUUCGUGGAGAGGGUGCGCCAGCCGCAGCCGGCCCCCGUGCACAUCCUGCUGCUCAGCCUGACGGUGGCCGACCUGCUGCUGCUGCUGCUGCUGCCCUUCAAGAUCGUGGAGGCCGCGUCCAACUUCCGCUGGUACCUGCCGCAGGUCGUGUGCGCGCUCACGGGCUUCGGCUUCUACAGCAGCAUCUACUGCAGCACGUGGCUGUUGGCGGGCAUCAGCAUCGAGCGCUACCUGGGAGUGGCCUACCCCGUGCAGUACAAGCUCGCCCGCCGGCCUGUGUACGGCGUGAUCGCCGCUCUGGUGGCCUGGAUCAUGUCCUUCGGUCACUGCACCGUGGUGAUCGUGGUGCAGUACCUGAACGCCACCCAGCAGGUGGGCAGCCGGAACGAGAUCACCUGCUACGAGAACUUCACGCAGGAGCAGCUGGACGUGGUGCUGCCCGUGCGCCUGGAGCUCUGCCUGGUCCUCUUCUUCAUCCCCAUGGCCGUCACCAUCUUCUGCUACUGGCGCUUCGUGUGGAUCAUGCUCACCCAGCCCCACGUGGGGACCCAGCGGCGGCGCCGGGCCGUGGGGCUGGCCGUCGUGACGCUUCUCAACUUCCUGCUGUGCUUUGGGCCUUACAACUUCUCCCACCUGGUGGGCUUCUACUUCAAGGAAAGCCCCCCGUGGCGGGUGGAGGCCGUGGUCUUCAGCGCGCUCAACGCAAGCCUGGACCCUCUGCUGUUCUAUUUUUCAUCCGCGGCCGUGCGCCGCGCUUUCGGCAAAGGGCUGCGGCUGUUCCGGAACCCCGGCUCCUCGCCCCUGGGACGCGAGGGCAAAGAGACGGCGGAGGUGACGAGAGGGGACAGGGCUGGGAGUCGGGCGGAGGGAAUGGCGGCUCCGGACUUCAUGUCAGACUAGCCGUCUCCCUGGACCUUCGGCAGCACCCUGGAGGGCACGGGGGCGGGCAACCUGGGUGCGUGAGCAGGAAGUGUCCCGUCCCAGUUUCGGGAAUCCUGGGGCCUGAUCCACCUCGGGGACUGGGUAAGAGGCUCCCUUGCCAGCUUGGUAUCCCUUCCCAAGGACACGAGGAGAAACGGUUAGGCGUGGAGGCACCGUCAGGCUAGGGCUUCAGGAGCCGUGAACCUGAAUUCAGUCCUUGGGAGGGAGCUGGGGGCUGUGAUGACCGGACAGGGGCAGCAGAGGGACCUAAAGGAUCUCGCCCCAAGCUUGGGAACCACGCCCAGAUGCUGGUCUCGCUGCUGCUGCUGCUUGGAGGAAGCCAACGGGAGAGAGA